UUGUCAUGGUUACGACAGAGAACGUAUAGGAAUAUACGGUCUCUGGUUACGAUAACGCAAAUAAAAAAACCUUCAAAGCUCUUGCGACAUCUGCUGUAUUUAUAGUAAAACCUUCUGGCCUAUUGUGAAAACCCAAGGAUCAAAAAGAAGAAGAGUGCACAAAUCAGCUGUCCAAAAAAGUAAACAAGCGGUUUGGAAAUUGCACUUUUCGUAAAAUAAACAAAAAUAUUUUCUUUUCGCACCCAUUACCAAUGUGAAGAAAUUAUUUAACAGUAAUAGCCACAUCCAUCAAAAUGGAUCGUUGUCCCGGCCAAUAUUGUGGUCGCAGCAUGUACGAUAAUGGAAGCUGGUCCGAUUGUGGAGCAUGUGAGCGUGGCUACCGGGUAAAUGAGUCCUUCAUUUGUGCACCAUGCCGUGAUGAAUUGAACACCUACUCUUGGCUGUAUUUAGGAUUUAUGGCAAUGUUGCCACUAAUGUUGCACUGCUUCUUUAUCGAUCUACAUGCGAAGGAUCGCAAAUUUUCACGCAAGCAAUUGAUACUUACCGCCUGCGCUUUUAUUGAGAUAUCACUUUCUGCUACGCUUUCCAUUUUGGUUAUGGAACCGAUGUGGGAAUUCCGCUUGCAUUCUUGUGGAGUGCGUAAUUUCACCGAUUGGUAUACGCUAUUUUACAACCCCAGUCCAAACUAUGAGACACGUUUGCAUUGUACACAAGAAGCAGUAUACCCGCUUCAAACCAUCGUACUUGUCUUCUAUUUCUUGUGUUUAUCAACAAUGUUUCUCAUACGGCCCAUUGUUAGCGCCAUUACAGAUGUACGUGGAAAAGCGCCCAUUUAUGCGGCCCUUUAUUUCCUGCCGCUUUUGACAUCGAUACACGCACUUGCUUGCGGGCUUAUUUAUUGGUUUUUUCCAUAUUUGAGUAUUGGAAUCUCUAUGAUAACAAAUGCGAUACAUUAUUCGGUCAAGUUAGACCAGUCCUUUAAGGCCUUGAUACGCUCGUCGUUACUAGAAGUAAAAAAUUUUGUUAUCAUUUCUGUACAUUGGCUUUUGCUGGCCUAUGGAAUCAUCGCUUUGGGCCAUCACUAUGCGUUUUUGUGCCUCAUACCAUUCCCUUCGAUUUUUUAUAUUCUCACUGUGCGAUUUACGGAUCCAGCUGAGUUCCGUGAGGUGGAAGUGCGACAAAAUUAGUUUAUAUUUAGCAAUAUUUCUUUUAAUAUUUGUCCAAGUUAUGUGGCAAUUUAUACAUUUAUGUAUUUAAAAGUUAAAUGUUAAAUAGUUUGUAUAAAAAUAGCGUAAAGUAUUUCAAAGUUUCUCAACUUCCUCUUCCUUUGAUUUCUAUCUCAUCUGAGGCACCCUGUACCAGAGCAAAUUUCUCCAUGUAACAAAUUUGUCGUAUAUUUGGUAUACCAUUAAUAUAAUUUUAUACAUUAUCACAUUUUUAAAAACGGUUCAAAGUAAUAAAAAGUUUAAUGGAUAAUA